AUGUCAGGCAUGAUCGACCCCCAGAUCUUCGAACACCUCAAGUCGAAGAUCGACGAGGACACCAAGGCGCGAGAUGAUCUCAACGGAAUCAUCCAGAAGCUGGAGCGCGAUGUGUCCUACACCCAAGGUCUCCUGUCGCGGGUGCACUCGACCCCAAGGUCUCACUACCCUGCGCUGCUCUCCCAAGUCGAGACGGCCAUCAAGACCGAGGUCGAGGACUUCUCGCAGCUGAGCGAGGUCGCUUCUCAACACCCUUACUACAAGUACAACAGCAAGUGGACUCGAUCCGUCCAGGAUGCAGUCCUCACCGCGCUUCUCCACGGCUGGCUGGGUGGCGCCCUUGUUCCUGAGGGCAGAGUGGGACGGCUCCUCACCCUCGAGGAGGUCGGAGAGCACGUCUUCCACGUGCCUGUGAACCUGAAAGACCGUGAUGCCUUCCAUAUCACCAUUGAGGAGUACCUUCUGGCGGUCACCGGCCUGACAGACGAACUCGCCCGGCUGACGGUGAACGCCGUGACCCUGGGAGACCACGAGCUGGCGGUGAAGAUCAGCACUUUCGUCAAGGACAUCCACGCCGGUUUCCAGUUGCUGAACCUGAAGAACGACAUCCUGAGAAAGCGAGUGGAUGGCGUCAAGUACGCGGUCAAGAAGGUCGAGGACGUGGUCUACGACCUUUCGUUAAGGAACCUGAUCCCCACCUCCUGA